AUGUCAUGGCUUUCACUUAUUUUGUUUUUUUAUAACUCAUCUUUUAUACUUAGUCAAUCUGUACCUUUAUUACUUCUUGUUUCAUUUGAUGGUUUUCGUUUUGAUUAUCCACAAUUAUAUGGGCCAUUACGAUAUUUUUCUCGAUUAGAAGAACAGGGUGUACAUGCUCACAGCAUGAUACCAACCUUUACAACAGCAACAUUUCCUAAUCAUUAUACGCUAAUAACAGGUCUUUAUGAAGAAGUUCAUGGAUUAAUUUCUGAUGAAAUAUAUGAUUCAAAAACGAAAAGUCUUUUUCAAUCAUGGAAAAAUACGACAAAUGAAUGGUGGCCAUUAAAAUCAAUUUGGGCAAUAAAUGAAGAAAGAUCUGAUGCUCGAUCUGGUGUAAUUGGAUGGCCACAACAUCCGAUUUUGAUAUCAAAAUAUGAACCAUUUCGUAAAGAACGUUCAUUUGAAGAAAUUGUUGAUAAAAUGCUCAAUUGGUUUAAUCAUCCUAGUGAACCAAUUAAUUUUGGUGCAAUUUAUUUUCCGGAACCUGAUUUAACUGGUAAAUUUCCUUCUUUAUUUUUUCUAAAUUUAGUUUUAAACGAAAAAUUUCUUCUAGGUCAUCAAUUUGGACCUUAUUCAGAUAAAAUGAAAGAAAUAAUAAAUACAUGUGAUGAAUAUUUAGGAUAUCUAUUAAAUGAAAUAGAUAAAAAUAUGAAUUUAAAAAAUAAUCUUCAUUUAAUUGUUACAUCUGAUCAUGGAAUGGAAGAAAUUAAUGCAACAGAUAAACCAAUCUAUCUUGAAGAUUAUGUUGAUAUGACAAAAUUAAAAGCCGUUGGAACAGAAACUCUUAUGAAUAUUUUUCUUAAUUCAAUGAAUGAUAUUGAUGAUAUUUUUAAAAAUCUAAGUCAAAUUUCACAUACACAAAUAUAUAAAAAACAAGAUAUGCCUAAUCGUUAUCAUUAUAAAAAUAAUUCACGUAUUGGUGAUAUAAUUAUAAUUGUUGAUCAUGGUUAUGAACUUCAUCGACGUUCUUCUCAUGGUGGUAUCAGAGCUAAUUUGAGUACAAUACAUGGAAAUCAUGGAUAUGAUAAUCAAAUUAAUUCAAUGAAAACAAUAUUCUAUGCAAGUGGACCACAAUUAAAACAAAAUUUUACAUUAUCUAAUACAGCAAUAUUAAAUAAUGUUGAUGUAUUUGGAUUAAUGUGUUUAAUACUUAAUAUUAAAAAAUGUCCAUCAUCAAAUGGUUCUUUAGCUAAUAUUCAACCGUUUUUAAUUGAUCCAACUAGAGUACUUAGUAUUAUUGAAAAAGAAACAGCAAAGCCACAAGAUGGUUCAAUAAGUUUAGUUAUUUAUUUACUUGUACUAGUCAGUUUUGUUUUAAUUCUAAUAAUGGCUGUUGUUUGGUCAGGUGUUUCAUUUCGAAAUGCAUCAGCCAUAUCACGAGCAACACAUCUUGAUGCAUUAACAAUAGCCGAACAAAAUCAAUACAAAUUUACGCAAAUAAAUGAUCUCAAAUUGAAUCGAAUAAUCGGUGAUGAUAAUCUAUAA